AUGAAAGAGGAGGAGGAGGAGGAGGAGGGGGAGGAGGAGGAGGAGGCGAGGGAGAGGAAGGAGAAGGAGAAGAGGGAAAGGAGGAAGAAGAAGGGUGAGAAGACAAUUGAAAGCGAGGAGAAGAAGAACAAGAAGUCUCUGAUCGCUCACUUACAAUCUCCGACGCCGCCAUCGAUCGACUACUCCAGGCGGAAAAGGAUGACAGUCUAG